AUGGAGGCUUCAGCCAGCACUGGUGUCAAAAGAAAGCGAGGGGGGCAACAACAACGGAUAGCUCGAGCUGCAGCUGAGGAUGUUGCCAAGGAGACCGACAGCAAGCUUUCCGACUACUUGGUUGAUCAGAUGUCAUGGGGCUACAUGUCGCCCCAACAAGUGCAACGAAUCGCCGACUUAGCACACUGUGAUGUUCAAGCUGCACUGUCAACCGAAAGAGUGCCAAACAAUCUGGAGUCGCUGGCCAAUGCAGGUACACGGGGGCAACAUGCAAACAAGUGCUAUGGCGACGUGAUGAAAGCUGCGACCAGAAGCUCUGAGUUGCAUGUGUCGGCGCCGAUGUUGGUAUCUAUCCCCUUCAGACACCCGGUCGGCAACAGAAUGCAGGCGAUGCUCUUGCCCCACCAGCUGUUCUCUGACAUUUAUCAUCAUCACCGUGCCACCUGGGAACAAUGCAUUUUGGGCCCACCUGGAGAUCUACAGCGUUACACCGGCAAUGAAAGCCACGAGGUGCUGUACCUGAUAUGGGGCAUGUUUGACAAACUGCACUCUGGCGAGGAAAAUGGCCAGACCGUGAUCACGAAGGAGUCAAGCCCAUGCACUCUUUGUCAAUGCACAAAAUACGGGGGCAGCUCAUGGAUGGACUUUGGUCCAGGAGCUGCCUGGCAGGCAAGCUGUUGGGCGCCAGUUCCGUGGAAAUCAUGGCCAGGCCGCAGCCCAUGCAUUUUAUUUCAGCUCUCCAACAUGAGCGCUUGCAAUGUCGCAAUGGAUUGGAUGCACAUAAAGUACCUUGGGGCAGACCAGUACAACUAUGCCUCAGUCUUCUUUUUGCUCACCCACCAUAUUUUGCCUGGCACGCCAGCCCAGAACAUGGAGGUCAUCUGGAGGGAACUUCAACAUAUCUACAAGAGAGAUGAUAUACCCUCUCGCUUUCGGUGCCUGAAUACCGUGCGAAUGUUCUUGAGAAAAAACAAUAUGGUCAAGCUCCGAGGAAAGGCUGCUGAAAUCCGACAUUUGCGCGGGCCGCUUCUGGAGAUAUGGCAGAGACACAUGGUUCAGGCCGUUGCAAUUCAUCGAAAGAUUCGGGUCAUGCUCAAGCUGAACACAACUCUGGAAGGUAUCUUGACGAACAGCAAAGGCGACUUUGCUUUGUGUGCUGAAGAUGCUGCACAAUUCCAAGAUGCGACAAUGGGCUGGCUUCUCUUGCAAAAAGAGCUGCAGGAUCAUUUCUCGGACAGCGAUGUGCCUUUGUUCAAUGUGACAGAAAAGAGCCAUUUUAUCGAGCAUGCUGCCCUCCUUGCCCGCUACAUCAAUCCUCGGAUGGUGUGGUGCUUCGCAGGGGAAGAUCAACAACGUCGGACCCAACAGCUGGCCGAGACGUGCAUGAAGGGCUUGGGCCCGGCGAAGGCCAGCCUCAAGAUGAUGUCGAGGUAUCGUCUCGCUUUGGGUCGGCUGUUCAGCAAGCACGGGCACGUGUGA